CACAAACACCCAGCAGCAGUGGAACCAUUCUUUGGUGGAGUGGGUGCGGCCUCAGUUCUCCGCUCUGCUGGUGUUUGGACGGUGGCCCAUUCAUUCGCUCACGUCGCACUGGUGCUGCUGUCUGGUCUGUCCCUCCCCCGUGUGUGCAGUACGAUGCACCUGACAAAGUGAGACCCGUCCACUUGAGACAGUUUAGUGUUGAUGAUAAAGUGACCAUUAGUGUGUGCGUGUGUGUGUGUGUGGGUGCAUCCCGUACAAUUAGAAAACCCUAAAAUCCUGUUCCAGCCUGUCCGAACACGUACGGAUUGACAUUCAUGAUCUCAGCGCACAACUUUAUGUUUUGUUUUUACUAGUAGCUGGCUUUUUGCGGGGCGCCCCGCCGCCUCCGUCCACCGUCCGGUUGGUGUGAGAAAAUGUCAGUGGCUGCUACGGUGGUGGCGGUGGUAGAAAAAACAGCACGCACAUACGCAGUACUUCGCGCAAGAGAGAAAAAGAUCGGACGAAGGGCCAGCAGCAGCAGCAGCACAGUCGCUGGAGCCGAUUCGUAAAAUUGGUCGCGCAAGUACACACCAAUCACUCGCCGUGCGUGAACCUGUUUGCUCUCGCUCUCUCUGGUGCUUGAUUAGAGUGUGUGUAUGUGGAACGGUGGCGGAGAGCCCUUCCACCCCAAAACAGUGAUUAGACGGUAAUUGGCGUGUAAAGUGAUCGCGGUCUAGUAGCGGGUACACAAAAACAUACGCGUGCGGGACCAGUAACCAAAUCGCGGCAUGUCACAAUUAACCGGGGCGUACAGAAUUCCGGCACACAGCACCGAUUUCCGGCCCUUAGUGUGAAUGGUAUUUUAAACAGCAGCACCAACAACAACAAUAACAAAAACCCCUGCUGGUGCGCUCGAGAAUGUUGUGUGUGCAUUGGAAGUGGAAUAUUAGGUGCAAUACAGAGAGGAACAGAGGAGAAGUGGUUAUGGUAAUGAAAUCUCAGCAUUAGCGGUUUGUGUUUGCUAGUGAGAAAGAAAGAAAGAUAGAGAGAAAAAAAAACACACAAACGUCCAACAACAACAACAACAAAAACACGGAAUUCCGUCCGGAUAAGUCUCUGUGUCGUGCGGUACUGGUAUUUUUGUACUUUUUUUUUUUUUUUUACAAAAUCGAGGAGUGUUUGCAAUCACACAUCACACAGCACGCGCUAGAUAUACAUCGCUAAAUACCUAUUAGUCAAACAACACACCGUGUCACAACAAAGCACCAGCCGCGUGUGAUUCAUCCGCGCAAAGCAGAAACCAGUGCUCUUUGCGCGAUUAGCUCAACCGCCUGGUAGCGCAAACUAAGUGCGCAAACCAGUAGCAGCAGUAGUAGCAGCGCCAUACACACUCACCCAGCGCAGAGCGCACGCAAGCAAAAAUGUGACACACAACAAUCGAUGCCGAGAGCAAACGAUCUGCCCCUGUAUCGUAUCACAUCAUCAGCCCGUGCCAUCACCAACCACCAGUGUGUCUGUGUGUGUGUGUAACAGCAACAACAGUACAAAAUAAUACAAAAAAGCGAGAUGGAAUCUGGCCACUCAAUCCGGCGAUUGCUGCUGCUGAUAACUUUCGUCACCCUUCACCACAGGGCCGUCGUCGUCACUGCCGCUGCUGCCGUGUCCGUCUGCUCCGGGCUCUGCACCUGCACCAACCAAAACUUUAUCACCGUCGACUGUGCACUGGGUGCUUCUAACCGGACGGAGGACACGACCGCCGAACCGAUCGUGCUCGAUGGCCAGCUACAGCUGCCGGCCAGUGCCACCGCGCUGCACAUCAAACUGCUUGCCGGCGGGCAGCAGCAGCAGCAGCUCAUCAUUCGGAAGGAGUUUUUCCAGCCGACCAACAACAUUAACCACCUGUCCAUUGAUGGCAGCGAGUCGCGGACCGGGUCCUCCGGCACGGUUGUCGAGUUUCAGGAGGGCGCACUGUGUAACAACCAGGGCCAGUUUCCCGAGAUUUUGAUCGCGAACGUGGGCCGGGUGGUGAUGCAUCGAAACAUAUCGUGCCGGCCACAUCUGCUAAACAUCACGCACGUCAACGAUGUGCUGCUCAAGGCGGAGUUCCUAUCGGUGAGCGAGGCGGAACUGUUCAUCCAGGACGUGAACAAUCUGCACAUUGAGCCGAACGCGUUCAGUGGCUCUACCUCGUCCCGGGUGGAAAUUCUUCGCACCACCAUCGAAAGCCUGCCCAAGCUGGGCGUUUCCUUCCGGCUGCUAAGCUUUAGCGAGUGCAACAUCAGCGAGAUCACGUCACACGCGCUCGACGCGAACGAGAUAGAGCACGUCGAGUUCGUUGCCUGCCGGCUGACGAGCCUGCGGGCAAGGGCGGUAACGGAGCGCCUGCUAACCGAUUCGCUCAUCUUCCGCGGCUGCUACAUACACAGCAUCGAGCGGCAGUUCGUUAACGGUAGCGGGCUGAACAAUUUGGUGCUCGACAGUAACACAAUCGACGACAUUGCUGCGGGCGCUUUUACCUUCACCGGCGUAAACACGCUGGUGGUGGGGAAUCACAUUAUACGCACCGGCAAGGAAUGGCUUCAUCCGCGCGACUGGGUCAACGUAACGAUCGCGGGCAACUCGUUCGGCGAGUUCAACGGCAUCCUGCUGAAGGACCGUAAGCGCACGGACCGGACGGACGGGGUGGACUGCUACUUUGGGAACAACACGAUCACCAACGCGCUGCCGGACAGUUUUACCUUCGGACGCACCAGCUGCCGGGUGGGGGCGGUUCACUUCGGGCGCGAGUGUGACUGCGAGUACGGCGCCUGGCUGAGCAAGCUGUUCGGGCUGGCGGGCCAUGUAUCGCUGCCGUCCGCCGUCACGUCGAGCGUUUCGUGUCAGGUGGAGGAAAGCCUGCGGUACUGCUUUAAUCGCAGCGAUGGUCCACCACUGCACAACGAUACCACUUCACCGUCGUCCACCGGUGGCCAGGUGAACGUGCACUACUUCCUGACCGAGUUUUGCCAAAAGAACGGCUCAAAGAAGUGCUCCUCGUAUGCGGCGAGCGGCGAGGAUGCGGCGAACCGCAAACCGCCACCCCUGAUACCGCUGGACAAGAUCGAUUCACUGGGCGACGGUGGCAACGCUAGCUUCUUGCAGGAACAUAUGUUUCCAAUUUCGAUUGCGCUGGUGGCUUUGGUUAUAGCUGUAGCAGUAAUUUUAGUGAUAUGCAUUGGUCGGCGUCGGGCAAGCUCGGAAACGCAACACCAACACCACCACCAAACCAUGACAGCGCAAACGGCUGGCUCGCGACAGGGCACGUUCCGUUCGGCGUCGCUCAAUCGCUGCCCGUUCACGCCGGCCGACCGGCGCAUCAUCUCGAACGCGCUGAGCUGGAUCAGGGAAGCGUACGGGCCGGACGUUUGGAGCAAAAUUAACACACCGAUGCAGGAGCUGCUUGCCCAGAACGGUGGCAGUGGCGUCGUCGAGGAGAAGGAUAAGGUACGGCUGAUCGGCACCAUCCUCGACACCCUGAAGCGCCACGAAAUCGGUGGGACACAGAUCGUCGCCCUCAAUGACGUUCUGUUCCGGCAACUCGGACCACCGGCCGUAGCAGCAGCAGCAGCGCCGGAGCUGGCCGAACGCGCCCGACCAAACAGUGAUAACAAUGACGAGCUGCUCGGACACAUCUACGACGAGCUGCAACCGAACAGGGGAGCGCCGCGGCUGCUCGGCGACUAUGCGGCACCGCUCGAUCACGGUGCGGUGACCGUCGUGCCCGAGGGCAUCUAUUCCGAGCCCGUCCUGCACGGGCAGCGCUUGCCGCAAGCACACCGAGGUGACAAUCGAAACCUGAUCAGCCCGUACGCGAUUGGCGAUGCUACGGUGCAGCGCAAUCCGGCCGGCGCUGAGGGCAACCUGCCGGACGUGAUACGUCCCACUGGGCACGCGUGGAAAGCUAACGCCGAGGAGGACGACCUGGACGAUGAGGAUGAGGACGACAUCGAUGGGGAAGCGGAGCGUAAAACGAUGCUUCGCCCACCGAUGAUGGAUGGCGGCAGCGCUGGGGCGCCCACGUACGCAAUAUCGCUGAAGCAGCUGAAGCGGCCCCAUAGGGGCAACACACCACCUCCCACACCGCCACCAGUGCCGUCGGGUAGUGGCGGGGAGGACCAACCGGACGGUAACGAUGGUAACCGGUCGGAACAUUCCGGCAGUAGCAUGCAAACGGUUCGCAUCGAAGAUAUGACCCUGGCGGAUGACGACGCCCGUGAGCAACGGUAACAUAUGCUGCACAGAGAGAGAGAGAGUGCGAGCGAGCGAGAGAAAGUGUGUAUCUGUGUACUAGAGCAAUAAAAACGUCUCAUACUUUUUAAAGUCAUAAAAAUA